ACUUCACCCCCUACAACAUCACCAACACUUGUUCUGCCACCAUUUCAUCGCUCCUCAAUGACUCUACCCUCACACAAUGCCUCCCAGUAUCCACCAUUUUCAUUAGCCUUCCUGUAAUUCUCAACUUUACCGAUAAUUCCAAUCCUCUUAACAAAAUUGACCUUCUCGCUCAAAUUGUAAAAAUGACGUGUGCCCUUCCAAAAUGUUCUUCGGCUACAAUUCAACCGGUCGUAGACUCGAUUAAGACGCAAUGUGAACAAGAUCUUUUUGCACGUAAUCAAGUUGCUGUGCCAACGUUUGAUUUAUUUAAUUACUAUUCGGUGAUCAGAGAUAUUAUUUGUUUGAGGAAUGGAAAGAGCGAGUACAAUUCGUUUUGUGUAUUAGAGACACUUAUUAAUAUUGGAACGGCGAGUAACGCAACGACUGGUAAUGCAACAUCUUCGCAAAGUCACAUCGACAAAAGACGCAUAUUUGAUGUGGGAAUGGACAAUUCUGAAGAUCUUCCGAAUAACUUCUCUUCACCUUUUCCCACCGCAACUGUUUCCACUGCAUCGACUAUAAUUUCUCCUAAUAUAACCACACCUGUGUCUUCUACAUCGUCUAAAAUGACAUCUUCCAUACAAUCAACUCCAAGUCUCACCAAAACAUCAGAACCCUCGCCAACAAAUACUGGUAGUACAUGCCCACUCGGAUCCAAUGACGGUUCGAUAAUCUCAAUGCUAUUGCCUUUGUCUGAAUUACCGACCGGUGUCAUUUGCACUGAUUGCAAUAAGGCAAUGACUUCGGUUUUCAUAAAGUACCUAGCAUAUAAUCCCAAUGCGUUUGCUUGCACACCAUUGGAACCGGCAAUCCCGAUUAUACAUGGAUUUUUGAGUUCGAAAUGUAAUGAUACGUUCCUUGACAUGAACACUCCAGAUUCUGUCACAUCUUCGGGUUCGGCCUUUCGAUACCAAAAAUUUUUUAAGGAUUUUGUGAAUAUAUGGUUGAUUUGUUUUGGAACUUGGGUUUUCGGUUUAGGAUUUAUGUAA